UCUGGUUUGAAGUCGAUAACUUCGAAGCACUUAGCUCUGGCUAGCCAAAUUAUCAGUUUUAUUUAUGCUAUCCUACCAGAAAUCCGAAGAGUUCUUUUUUUGAAAGUACCUGAGAGUCGUAAAGGGUUGUUGCUUUUAGAGAUUGAACGAGUAGCCCAGGACUACAAAGUUCAUCGUGAUGAGAUUCAUUCAAAAUUGGUUCAGAUAAUGCGGGAAAGAUUAUUGAUAAAUCUUCGAAAGCUACCACAAAUUGUUGAGAACUGGAAUGCUCCUGAGGAUAAUGAUCCACAGCCAAGUCUUUUUGCUAAAGCAGUCACCAAGGAAGUGACUUACCUUCAUCGCAUCCUGUCUCAAACAUUACUUGAAAAUGAUGUCCAAGCAAUUUUCAGGCAAGUUGUACAUAUUUUUCAUUCUCAUCUUUCUGAAGAGUUCUCAAAAGUGGAUAUCAGCACACCUCAAGCCAAGAAUCGACUCUACCGUGAUGUCCAGGUUAUACUUGGAUGCAUACGCAAGUUGCCCUCUGAUGACUCCAACAGAGACAGAGUGCCAAACUACGGUCUGCUUGAUGAAUUCCUGGAAGAGAAAUUUGGAGAAAAAGGCAUUUCAGAUCAUUUAAAGUAGUAUUUGAUUGAGCUAUAGUCAGAUUCUUUGGGGGAAUUUGAGUGAAAAACACUGGCGUAGCAACUUUGGUUGCAAUAUCACUCAGGUGUGCCUUUCAUCCAUUUUGAUAAGGAAUUUAUCCAACGAGGCUGCUGCUUAAUUUGUGAGCUUCUCAAUAGAGGUGUUUUGAAGCGAAGUAUUCAUCUUUUCUUCUUCGUCCUCAUAGUUCCAUCCUUCUUCUUUUGCCCUUAAUUUAUUGAGCUAUUUGAUGAGAUGACGCACACAAUGCCAUCUUCCUUUCCUUCAAUUUUUUUGUUGAAUAAAUUUAGCUUUGUAGAUGUAAGUUUAUGAAAAAAUUUCUCAAUCACUUGCUGUAAGUUUCCAUAGAUACUGAAUGCCUCGUUCAAUUGCUUGGAUCAUGGCUUCUGUACAGAACAUAUUUUUGCAGUAGUAAAAAUAUAUAUAUGAUUUGCAUGUAGAGUUAA